AUGAGAUAUAGCGAUAUUCAAGCGUUUUUAGAGCGAGCAUUUUAUCAUUUCAAUAAAAAGGGAUACCUUAAUUUGUAUUCUCUUAUAUUUGGAUUCUCCCAAUUCCCAUUAUUUUCGGUGGUUCAAAUGAUUUGGUCAAGUUAUAUCAUCCAGCAAUCAUACAGUAAGAAAAAGAAGACCAUUGUCACACAUAUCUGCAAAUUAUUACUUGCUUUUACGAUGAUUUUUGGUCCAAGAGAAGUUGCUGCGCUUACAAUCAAAUUUGAUUCACCAUUAAUGAACAAUUUGAUCCAAUUCCCAAUAUUUUUAGUAAUAUAUGCAUUAAUCAAUUACUCUCCUAAGGAUAUUUUCCCUAAAAUUAUUUCAUAUUUCACAAUUCCUUUGGGAACCAUAGAAGGAAUAAACUACAUCAGAUUUUUCGGCUUACUUUGGAGAAAAAUAACCAAACUUAAUCCAUUCAUUAAGAUUAAUAUCUGUUCUACGCUUGCACUUUCAGAUAUGAUAAUCGAAAUCAUUUCUAGAUUGUUUUUAGAUGGCGAAGAAACAAAACACUCGAAUAUACUUAUUGUUUUCUUAUCAGUUGUCUGCUUUAUACUGUUUUUCAUUGCAAAUUCAAUUUUGAAGCUUCCGAUGCAUUAUCCGUUUUUAAUUUGCACACUUCUUCUUUCAGCAAUUCAUAUUACACCAUCAUUUAUCAAAAAUGAGAAGAAAGAAAAGAAGGAAAAGAAAGAAUAA